GGCACGUGCGCAAGUGCGUGGGAGGAGAGAGGGAUAAGCUGGCCGAGCGCGCGCAUGUGCUUCGCCUAGCUUCUCGUCAGUUCACCUUUCUUCCCUGCACUGCGAUCUGGCCCUACCAUGAGCUACAACUACGUAGUGACGGCGUACAAGGGGACGGCCGUGACGGCUGUCCAGACGGGCAACUUUACCGGCCCCGAGGACAUCAAUCUGAUACAGGCGAAAGGAUCUUCUCUCGCCGUGAGUGUCGUGACGCCGGAGGGACUAAAACCCGUCGCUGACGCCAGUAUCUACGGACGCAUCAGUCUCAUGCGAGUCUUCAGACCAAAGGGAGAAAGUCAGGACCUGCUGUUUUUCAUGACUGCUCGCUAUCAUCUGGCCGUGGUAUCCUAUGACUCUGCAUCAGGGGACAUUGUUACUAGAGCCUAUGGCGACAUGAAGGAGAGAGUGGGUCGACCAACUGAGGGUCCUCAGAUCGGAAUAGUAGAUCCAGACGGCUCUAUCAUCGUCCUCCACAUCUACUGUGGUAUGGUGAAGAUUGUACCACUGGAGUUGGACUCCACUGAACCACUCACCGCUUUCAACAUAAGAUUGGAUGAUCUGAUGCCAGUUGACAUGUGUUUUCUUAAGAACACAGAGAACAACAAGACAGUGGCUCUCAUUACAGAGGACUUUCCACCGCUCGCUACUCAACUGGCCAAUAGUCUCUGUGCAAGACAAGACUCAUCAAACCGUCACACCGUCGGCCAUUGACUCCAGGCAUCUCUCCUCCAUCCUCUGUCAUCGGAGGCGUGCUGGUGGUUGGCAGCGAGACCCUGCGGUGUAUGGGACAGUCCAUCAUUCCGUCGACUUCCUCCCAUUCUUAAAGAGUGUGUCAUAUCAUGUGUGGGAGCUGUUGACGAUCGUCCCGCUAUCUCCUUGAGAUGCCAUGGCCGGCUACUCAUGCUCUUAUUGAGACUGAACAGUCCAUUGACACGAGCAGACCAACAUUACCAUGAAACUGGAAGUUCUGGAGAGACGGUGUCUCCAUCGUGUAUUGCCUACCUUGACAACGGAGUGACGUUUGUCGGAUCAUGUCUUGGAGACUCACAACUCUGCAAGCUGUCUUCGGCGGCAGAUGAGAGCGGGGGUUACGUGGAGAUCCUGGAGACGUUCACCUGUCUGGCUCCCAUUCUGGACAUGAGUGUCGUAGACGUGGACCAGCAAGGACGUGACGUGGUGGUGACUUGUUCAGGGUUUGGAAGGAACGGAUCUCUCAGGCUGGUUAGGAGUGGCGUGGGGAUCAACGAACAGGCCUCCAUCGACCUGGCCGGGGUGAAAGGGGUGUGGUCUCUUCGCUGUGGAACCGAGAUGGCUGAGUCUGAUAAUACUCUGGUCCUCGCCUUCGUCGGACAGACCACUGUACUGAGUCUGAAGGGGGAGGAGGUAGAGGAGACGGAACUCGAAGGAAUUGCUGCUGAUCAACAAACUCACUACUGCUCCAACGUCAUUGGCAACAAGAUCCUACAGAUCACAGGGCAGAGUGUCAGACUGAUCAAUGAAGAGACUCUGCAGCUUGUCAGCAAAUGGGCUCCUCCCUCUGGUAAAGGUAUCAGCACGGGAUCAUGUGGAGGGUCACAUGUGGUAGUUGUUGUGGGCAACGAACUAUUCUGUCUAGAUAUUCAGGAUUCUUCACUCCACCAACUCAGUCAUGUGACAUUGGAGCACGAGAUAGCGUGUGUGGAUGUGAGGGUUCUAAAGGGUGACUCGGGCACCAGUAACAUCUGUGCCGUUGGUCUCUGGACGAACAUAUCGGCAAGAGUUCUGCGGCUUCCCUCUUUGGAUAUACUUCACACACAGCCGCUCGGAGGAGAUAUUCUUCCUCGGUCCAUUCUGGUCGCUGAAUUUGACACCCGGACAUACCUCCUGGUUGCCCUUGGCGACGGGACACUCCACUACUUCCAGAUGGACCCUGACUCAGGAGCCCUAACCAAUGGUAAGAAAGUGGUUCUGGGUACAAAACCGAUCGUCUUGAGGCAGUUUGUUUCUGGCGACGCCCACCACGUCUUUGCCUGCUCAAACCAUCCCACCAUCAUUCACUGGAACAACCACAAACUGCUGUUCUCCAACGUCAAUUUAAAGGAGGUCAACUACAUUUGUACACUCAAUUCGGACAGCUUCAGAGACUGUCUUGCACUCGUUGAUGACAAUACUCUAACUAUUGGAUCUCUGGAUCAGCUUCAGAUGUUGCACAUUCACCCAGUCCCGCUGGCUGAGUCCCCCAGGCGUAUCAGUCACCAAAGACACAGUCACACAUUCCUCGUGGCUAGUUGCCGAGUCGAUGUUCCUAACGGCGACAAGACAGCCCUCAUUUCACCGAAACCGUGUGCCAGUAAGAGUGUCUCCAACAUGUUAGAAGGAACCCAUCCCGAUGACCUGUCAAUUCUGCCAGUGACCACCACUGAGGAGUUGGAGGUAUUUUCACUUCUUCUCUUUGACGAGAACUCUCUUGAAGUCAUCCAUGGUUACCAGCUGUCGCCACGGGAACACGUGACCUCUCUGACCUCUUGUGUCCUCGACUCCACCCACUACUAUGCUGUUGGCACGGCGUUUGUUGAUCCCACGGAGAAGGAGCCGAACAGAGGGCGAGUUCUGCUCUUCAGAGUCUCCCAUACCAAGGUGCUAGAACUGGUGUAUAUGAAUGACGAGGCUGGGGCUGUGUAUCAGGUGGUCCAGUUUCAAGACAAACUGCUCAUAUCUGUCAACAGUGAGGUCAGACUGUAUAAGUGGGAGGAAGGGAAGAUGGUGUUGGAAUGUUCAUACUCCGACACUAUCCUGGCUCUCUACCUCAAGUGCAAAGGAGACUUCAUCUUGGUUGGAGAUCUGAUGAGAUCUUUCAAAUUACUGGUCUACAAAGCUGAAAAAUCUGUCCUUGAAGAGAUAUCAGUGGAGACGAGUCUGAACCCUGUGUUCAUGACAGCCAUGGAGAUGAUUGACGAUGAAAACUAUCUCGGAGCUGACGGCCGUCAUAUCUUUGUCUGCCAGAAAAACAGCGAGGCCGCAGUGGAAGCUGACCUAAUGUACAUGCUGCAGCCAUCACGGAUGUACAUCGGAGACAAUAUAAAUGUUUUCCGUCAUGGUUCAUUAGUGAUGGAGCAUCCAGGGGCUUCCCCAUCUCCCAUCCAGGGCAAACCCAUCAUCUACGGCUCUGUUCACGGAGCUGUUGGUCUCGUGGUACAGCUUGACAUGUCAACGUUCUCAGUUCUGGCCAAGUUGCAGGAGAGUAUGGCAGCUGUAAUUAAGAGUGUCGGCAACAUUGAACACGAAGUGUAUCCUCUGUAUAAUGAAUUCAUGUAGUACGUAGUUGAUCAUUGAUCACAUAGUGUGGGGUAGAAGUAUGUAACGUUUCGGGCACACACCAUUACUUCUUAAUUACAUGUUGUGUGCAUAUGUACGUAUUGUGGUUUACAUGAGACAAUCGGCCCUACCUGCCACUCGUUCUCCAUUGUUUCAGCUGUGUGUUGUGUGUGUGUGUGUGCAUGCAUGUUUGUGUGUGUUUGUAAGUCUGUUCUGCUGAGUCUCAGAGUCUUUCUUAACCGAGUCAGGUACCGCUGUUUUUCAAUGGAGCACACUGCAGCCACUAAGACCAAGUCGGCUGAAGGUUUUAUUGACGGGGAUUUAGUUGAACACUUCCUCGAUCUUCCUCAGGAGAAAAUGGAGCAGAUUAUAAAGGGGAUCAAAAAAAAUGAUGCCCAUGGCAUGGAGGUGGAUGUCACGGUGGAGGAUUUGGUGAAGCUGAUCGAAGACCUCUCAAGAAUCCACUGACAAUGAGUCCUCACUGGAGAACUGACUCUUUGUACAUCACUCCAUACAUGCUCACUGAGACUUUCAUGCAACAAUCCUUAUAAAAUGCCAUUUAUCAUCACUAACAACACCGU